UUUCUUCAAUUCUGCUCUAUAUCAACAAAACACUUUGCCAACUUUAAUUAUUUAAUCAACUUUGUUUCGCAAAACAUGCCUUCUAGUUCUGUUUCUCUGUUUGUUGGGAGUUUGCUUCGUUUGACAUUUUUGGUGUUUAUUGUUUUUGGAUUUGUGGAGGGGAAUGAGGAACCGACUUGUUCAAAAACGCUAAUGCCGGUAUAUGUUGUUUUGGGACUUUUGAAUGUUUGCCUUAUUGGUGGCGUUAUCUUUCUCUCUUACAAAUUGUUCUUUUCUAAAGGAAAUAAAGAAGGGAAGAAGGAAGAAGAUAAAGGAGAUAAAAAGAAGGAAGGGGAAGGAGAUAAGAAAGAAGGGGAAGAACCUAAAAAGUAA